GGUUUUUCUGCCCUGCACGCACCGAGCCUGCGGUUCCUCCUUCCCAUCCCAAAUCCAGCUGCACUGCACCUGAAGAGGCACCCAAUCCUCCAAAAUCUCAGCCGCGAGAGAGGAGGAAGCAAGCCCGCCGCAGCUGCAUUCUGCAUUCUGCAUUCUGCAUUUUUGCAUUCUGCAUUUUGCAUUCGCAUCGUUGCUUUCACGCAGACAUUACGGACCUCCCCAUUAUUUUACCAACCCACCCCCGUGCUCUCCACCGUUCGACACUGUCGCCUGUCGCCUGUCGCCUGUCACUCCUUGGCCUUGUUCCCUCCUUUUGCCUCCUUCUGUUUCUGUGACUUGUUCCAGUCCCAACCCUCUUGCAAUCACCAAAAAACAGUGGACCGGCUGGCGACGGGACCGAACCUCACAGCCCAAACACCGCAUGUCUGGCUCGCAGCACGACACCACCCACCCUCCUUUAUGCCAACCACAGCCAGCCUCGGAAGAGAGCUGAGGUCCACCGCCAGAUAACAACAACCGCCGUCCCGACCGCGGCUGCUGGGCACUGGGUAGGCGCGGCCACGAGAAACGCUGGAAGGACUCAAGGACAGAGGCGCGAGUGGCCGAGGCCUGGCGUCGAGCCUCUUGUUGCUGGUGAACCUCUGCUGUUGUUGGUUGGGUUACUGCAUUGCCUUUUGCUGGCCUCGGAACUUGUUCUGGGACCAGUGGAAGGGCGGGAAACAUCGUAUGCCUCGCGCCUCCUCGGCUAAGCGACAGCAGGGAGCGGCCAGCAAUCGCGACACUCGACACGAGAACGGGCUUGUAGGUCCAGGAAAGCGCAUCGUCAAGCAAAAGAGCAGGAACGAGAUCAGAUCCGAUGGCAGCCCCCGGCCUCACCCACAGUCGUCAUCCUCCGAACACGCCGCUUCCCUGCCGCUCCCCUCGCCUCUCCCGAACUCCUCAGCCACCACCCCGUGUGCAAACGGGCACGCAAAUGGGAACGGCUACCUCCACGGCUCCGACGACAUGUCCCUCGACACUGCCCGCCGGCCCUCGGUAGCCGCCUAUUCCGAGUCCUCCUCCUCCGAGUCCGUCUCUCUCACCACCUCCCAGGCUGCCGCUGAGGAUGCCCACCGCCGCAUCGACGUCAAUGCUGCCAAGAACAACAAUGUCCACCGAGACACCGGCCUCGUCGACCUCGCCUUCACCGUCCUCCGGUCGUGCCCCCUGCAUGACACCAUCGCCAUCCUCAUCAUCCUCAUGCAGCUGUCCCCCGUCGCCCUGUCCAGCAUCUACAUGCUCUUCACCCUCCUGACCUUUGUCCCGCCUGUCACUACUAGCUCCGGCCUCAGCCUCACCGAGAUCUUUGAUGGGCCCGGGGCCCCUAAUUUGUGGACCCUGGUCGGGCUGGACCUGUUUUUCCUCAUCGUCUUCGCCUUCAUGCCCCUGCAGGAUCUGAUCCUGGAUUUUGCACAGGUCGUGAUCGCCAUGACCUUGGGUGGUGGCGCGAGCUCAAGAGCGGGCACCACGCACAACAUCUUCCUUUGUGCCGGUAUCGUUCUGUUCAACCACUUCGGUCAUCACCAGGCCAUCAACAGGUAUUCCAAUUUCAAGACAUUUUUCGGGGGCCACUGGGGCAGCCAGGAUGCCGACGACCUCAAGCCCGUUUCGAUAAGCUACGAGAGGAAAGGGCCAAAGGGGCUCUUCCGGAGCACCUUGGCCAUACAUAUACUUGUACAGGGUGUUGUUCGCUACGUGAGGGAAUGGUAUCUUCGGCGCGAGAAACGCGACCUGCUGUCCCAGAGUCAGUCUGACCCAGAAGCUGGGAAGACACCGACUUUUGCGGGGGAUUCAGCCACGGAUGGCGGGGGCAACCCCCCUCCGGACGUCGCCGAGGCGAACAGACAACUUACAAGUACAACUAUAUCGAACAAAAAAAGGAGAAAACAGAGUCAUCAAGUGCGCGUUCGACAACCGCUUUGGGCAGCUUUGGCGAGCACAAAGAUUGUUAUGGUGAAGGAGUACGAGCUCUCACAUGCGGCAACCGAGUCUGCAGGAUCCAAUGCGACAGACAUUCACAACCUAGGGAACGCCCCUUUCAAUACGCAGCCGGAACAGGUCUGGAUUUGUUAUGUUGGUUGCGACACAGUCUGCUUCAACACAAGCCCUUUCCCGGACCAACCCCCCACUGAAAAUACUGACCAAGAUAGCGAUGGCAAGGGGCCCUCAUACGUGGACACCUCCAAGCCCUUCUAUGUCAAGGUUAACAAUGCUAUCUGGCAGCCAACGCGGAUCAUGCCGAUAGACGAUGGGGAGGAGGAAGGGGUCCAGGGCACGAGGUGGACGGGCGAUAUUUUCGGUCUGACGCCCAUGUCGAAUUAUGAGUGCGAGUUCGUGAGCACUCGUACCGGCAAGGCCAUCUUUUCGACCAGUCUCAGGACCAUUCCGGCGAAGAUCAAGGACAAUGACGCGUUGAAGGCCCCGGCACCUCGUUCUCAGUAUCGGCACCAGUCUCCUGCGACAACCCUGAGAACCUCAAUCGCCGGCCUGGAACAGAAGCUGAAUGAUGAGAAGGCCAGGCUCAAGUCACUCAGGAGGGACAAUAACCGGAAGACGAACGCGCUCAAGAAGGACAUCGACAGGCUGACCUCGGCGGUGCAAUCCGCCGGUGGCAAUGACGAGAAAUUGAGACAGAAGAUCGCACAGAACAUGACACAGCAGAAGCAGGCAGAACAGGCAAUCGCAGAACUUCAGGAGCAGGUCAAGGAAUUGCAGUCGAUCCCGGAGGAAGUUAUGGCAGACUAUCGUAAGAAGCAAGGCCAGUACAAUUCGGAGAAGGGCCAAUUCGACCAGGCCAAGGGCGCGUUCAAGAGCUUCAAAAACUCUGUGGAUCAAGACGCCAAGGCCCUGGACGAUGAGCAGACGAGCCUGCAGGCCAAGCGGACCAAGAUCGCCGCUCGGCUCAACAAGGUUGACGGUGAGCAUGCGCGCAUAACAGAUGCCAAUGCCCGUGGCCUCGAUGAGGCCGACCGCCGCCGGCAAGAGACAGCCGCCUUCGAGAGCGAAGCUGCCCGCAGGGAGAAGGAUUAUGCCGACCGUCUGGCGAUCGCGCGCGCCCACAACGAGGACAAGAAGCAGAACGCAGCCAACAUGGCCACCAUGCUGGCAGGCCUGCUCAAUAACUUCAACCAGGCCGAGUACGCCGCCUUCUACGAGCGACAAGAGGCCGCCGCGUACCACAACGCAGCCUCGCAGUGGCCACAGUACGCGCAAAACCACACGUGGUCCCCCGCAACCUCCGCAGCACUCCCGAACGCGACGCUCGCGACAGCCCCCGCGCCUAAUCAGCUGUUCUCGCAUGGUUCCUUCCCGCAGUACCAGCACCCGUCCCACGUGCCAUUGCCGCGCAAGUCCAGGGGCCGCUCCUCGUCCAUGCUUAGUGACGUGUCCGGGUUUACGCAGUCCACCGAUGACGACAAUGACGGCAGCAACGGCUCCACAAACAACAACAGCAGCGCCUACAUCAACAACGCCAUGAUGAGGGACGGCGGCGGCGCCAGCAGCAGUGCUAUCAACGCCACCGCCGCGCCCUUCCUCCCGCCCUCGCACACGACCACCACCUCGGCGAACCACAGCCCCUUUGGCCAGUACGCGUACCCGGUGGGUGCUAGUACUAGUGCUGGUGGCGACGUGCGGAGCCCGCCUGGCUUCCCGCCGUUCCCCACGCCGGGCGAUGUUGCUCGUAAGGUAUCUGGCCCCGGCUCCAACUCUGGGACCGGGUCUGGAUCUGGGUCUGUGCGGAGCGGUGUUGCGAGCACUGAAGGGAGCAACAAGGAUCCGACUAGCCCUUAUCCUAAGAAGGGCUUGUUGAGUGUCUAGUUCUGCCUGUCUUCGUUCUUGUCGUCUGCGUUGCUGUCUGUGUUUUCGUUGCAUCUUGCGCUCGGCUGCGACUCUCUUCCGCGGUGUUUCCGUCCUGCCAACACCCAGUCACCGUCUCCGUCAGCCUCUCGUCGACUUGGCUGGUGUGAUGAGUGUCUGGGAGUCUCGUGAAAGAAGUGGGUCGGAAUGCUGUUCGUGCCUGUAACAACUGGAUCUGCUGCUGCUGCUCAUGCAUCAUGGGAGGAGCCUAUCUGUGUCGACCGGAAGGAAAGCCCUGGGUGCCCGGGCUUUGGUCUCGGUCUAUGUCUCUGGCCUCACCUUGGAUCUCCGUAGUGCCUAUCUCUGGUGGUGGGCGAAUGUGUCUGUCCAUGUUCAUAGGUAGUUCUGGAUCCCCGUCGUCAGCUAGCUAGCUUAGAGUGUGAGAUUUGGUUGUGCCAAGCAGGGUUGUGUCGAAUGCAAGCUGAAAAGUUUUCUUGUUCUCCUUA